GAGCUUGCCUCUUGAGCGGCAGGGACUCUCAUCCCACUCCCACCCGGGUCCUCCCGCCUAACGCCUGCCUGGGCGGGGCUAGCGCGUAUUAAAUGUGCUCGCUUUGGAGGCGGCAGUGCUGCGUCUUUGGUCGGUAACGCCGCGCUCGGCCUAGCUGUGCGUUUCCCCAUCGGCGAUCGGACGUGGGAAGUCAUGGCAAAAUACGUGGAGCUGUACACCAAGGCAAAGGUGCCCAUUUUGGGCCUGGGCACCUGGAAGUCUCCACCAGGGAAAGUGACAGAUGCUGUGAAGAAAGCCAUUGAUGUGGGAUAUCGCCACAUAGAUGGUGCCUAUGUGUACCAAAAUGAAGAAGAAGUUGGCAAUGGAAUCCAAGAGAAAAUCAAGGGUGGAGUUGUGAAACGUGAAGACCUUUUUGUUGUCAGUAAGCUUUGGUGCACAUUCCACGAGAAAGCCUUGGUGAAGGGUGCUUGUAAGGCAACUCUUAAAGCCCUGAAAUUGGAGUACCUGGACCUCUACCUUAUUCACUGGCCUGUGGGAUUCAAGGCUGGCGAUGAUUUAUUUCCUUCUGAUGAAAAAGGCAUGAUAAUACCCAGUAACACAAAGAUUGAAGACACUUGGGAAGCAAUGGAGGAGCUGGUGGAAGCUGGGUUGGUGAAAGCCAUUGGUGUUUCCAAUUUCAAUCACGAUCAGCUUGAAAGAAUCUUGAACAAGCCUGGGUUGAAGUACAAGCCUGCAAAUAAUCAGAUAGAGUGCCACCCAUAUCUUACCCAGGAAAAGCUGAUCAGUUACUGUCAGUCCAAAGGAAUCACUGUCACAGCAUACAGCCCUCUUGGCUCUCCUGACAGACCAUGGGCCAAGCCAGAGGAUCCAUCUCUCCUUGAUGAUCCCAAGAUCAAAGAGAUUGCUGCUAAGCACAAUAAAACUGCAGCUCAGGUCCUGAUCCGGUUUCAAAUCCAAAGAAAUGUGAUUGUGAUUCCCAAAUCUAUCACACCUGCACGUAUUGAAGAAAACUUCAAGGUGUUUGACUUUGAAUUGUCUAAGCAGGAGAUGGAAACCGUUCUCAGCUUCAACAGGAACUGGAGAGCGUGUACACUCAGCACGUGUGCCAAUCACAAGGAUUAUCCUUUCAAAGCUGAAUAUUAAGCCCGCUGAUCCUGAAAAUUUUCAAAGCGUAGAAUGGACUCUUUUUAUUGACUUCUUUGCUUUUUUUUGACAAAAAAAAUCUGACCUCUCUACACAUCAUCUGUACACCUUUUCCAGCCUGGAUGCAAUAGGUUCUAAAUGACAGCAUUUUUAAGAACAAAGUGUUGUUUUCCUUGUUUGCCAGGAACAUCUUGCCAAGACACGUGGUUGGAAUUGUAGAGAGGUCAAUAGUAACUUCAAGUUCUGUAUCAAUGCCUUUUUUGAAGCCACAUCAGGCUGAUUUCUUCUCUCAUCUCAAAAGAAGGAAUGUGUUAACAUCGUUUGUAAGAAAAGCGAGUUAUAAUGCCUUUUGUAUUUUAAAACAGCUGUUUUUGGACACUCCUUUGCCUUGGCACCAGACUUGAGGACUUCAAAGUUUUAGUUGUGUUUGUGUGCAGUGUAUUUGGGUUUUUUUAAAAGUUGCUCCAUGGGUAGCUCUUAAGAUUUAGAGUAUUUUCUUCUGACAGCAUUGCUUUUAAUAAAAUUGUCUGGUUAUUAUAA